CCAGAGAUCUAAAACCACAAUGGGAGCACAGAAGAUCUCCUCAGAGGAAGGAUAUGCCCAAACGCCCCUCAACACCAUCAAGGUGUACAAACACAGAGNCUGCAUACGAUUACCAAACCGUCCACUCCAUCUUCGCCUCCACCCUCGUGUCGCACGUCUCAUUCAUAUCCACCGACGAAGACGGCGACCCAAUACCCAUCAACCUCCNNCCCUUGACAGCCGUACUAGGCCGCUACGAUCCCUCUCACCCUCUCCCCGAAACCUUCCAUCCACAAGACUCCUCAUACCACCAAGACCUCAACAAACCACUCGACCUCUACCUCCACGGCAACAUAGCAAUGAUGCUCCGGCGCGCAGUCCUCAAAAACAAAACCCUAAAAGUCUGCAUCACAUCCACAAAAGUAGACGGCGUAGUUCUCAACUUCACACCCAACGGCCACUCCCUAAACUACCGCAGUGCAGUCAUCCACGGCACCGCUUCCCUCGUGACUUUGCCUGAAGAAAAGAGAUUUGCUAUGCAUUUGCUGACCAACCAUAUGAUUCCUCAUCGCUGGCAAAACACAAACCCUGUGACGCCUUCAGCAGUAAAGGGCGUCCAAGUCAUGCGUGUAACCAUAAAUUCCGCUUCUGCAAAAGUGAGAGCGAAGAAUAUGGGGUUGGCGGAUAGUUGCGAUAUCGCUGCAAAGAGGGAUGAUAUAUACACUGGUGUGUAUCCUUUACACGAGGUCCUUGGUGAGCCGGUGGAGAGUGGGUAUGCACCGGGUAGACCUGUGCAGAAGCAUCUUGAAGAGUGGAGACAGAGGAGGAAUGCAGAAGAGGAAGGGUAUGCAGUACGAGCCGCGGAAAAUGAACCUGAAGAGGCAGAGACGAUCGUUGAGCACGUCAAGAAGAUUGACGAGAUUAGGAGGCUGAGGGGUGCUGAAGCGGGUGAUACUCGGGUUAGUGCUCAGUUG